GUCACAACCCGCAGCAUCACACAUCACGCCGUGACAGGUCGCGACGCGUCAGCGCGUCUGCGUACGUCAGCAGCAUCUACCAGUCGUCGAACGCGUACCAGGACUCUAAGCUUGCUCUAACCACCGCCUGACUCUAACCACCCUCACCUGCCACCAUGCCGCUCGAAGCUACCAUGAUCAUCAUCGACAACUCAGAGUUCAUGCGCAAUGGCGACUACCAGCCCUCGCGCUUCGACUCCCAGUCUGAUGCUGUCAACACCAUCUUCCAGACCAAGAUCGACUCCAACCCAGAGAACUUUGCCGGCGUCAUGACCAUGGCAGGCAAAACGUACGCUUGGCAUCUUCAUCUUCUUUGUUAUGCUUACUUACCGUGCAUACGCCGCAGUCCAGAAGUGCUCGUAACAUAUACGAAGGAUGUUGGUCAGAUCCUCCAAGCAAUCCACACAGCGUCUUCCAAGAUUGGCGGAGCGGCCGAUAUCCCAACUGCUAUUGCCGUCGCGCAGCUCGCACUCAAGCACAGGCAGAACAAGAAUCUCCGACAACGGAUCGUGGUCUUUGCUGCUUCGCCACUUGAAGGUCAAGGCGCCGAUGAAAGGAAUAUGAUCAAGCUUGCCAAGAAACUCAAGAAGAACAAUGUCGCAGUAGAUGUCAUUGCAUUUGGUGAUGGUAUUGAGGAGGGAGAGCACAGCAUUCUCAAGUCGUUUGUCGAGAACGCCAAUAGCAGUGACAAUUCACAUUACCUCUCCAUCCCACCAGGUCCUCAUCUGCUUUCCGACAUUGUCCUCACCUCACCUAUCCUUGCCGGCGACCGAGGUAUUCCGGAGGAAGCAAUGGGUGAAGCAGGCGCGCCUGUAGCCGGCGGUACUGGCUUUGAGUUCGGCGUCGACCCAAGUCUGGACCCAGAACUUGCAAUGGCACUCCGCAUGUCGAUGGAAGAAGAGAACGCACGUCAGGCAGCACAGGCAGCAGCAGCCGCCUCCGCAGCUCAACCUCCUCCUCAACCUCCCCAACCAACUGAACCUGCUGCCGCUUCCACUUCUACAACAUCAGCAGCCCCACCACCUGCUGUUGCUCCUGCGACGACUACGGAAGAUGUGGAAAUUGAGGAUGACGAAGAAGCCAUGUUGCAACAAGCCUUGGCAUUGUCGCAGCAGCAAGCGGCUGCAGGUGAAGGCGAAGCUCCAGCGAGAGAUGAAGAUCAUGAGAUGAGUGAGGAGGAGGCUAUUGCGAAGGCUAUCCAGAUGAGUAUGAAGGAGAAUCCACAAGAGGAGAAGAAAUGAGAUGUUCAUGUAUUGGGUAGAGACUUCGCACUUUCACGCUUUCCUUCCCUUUGCUCAAUUUGAAGAGAUGUCGCCCCGAUUGGGUUCAGACGCUUGAUCGAUCGAGUGACAGCGGAAGUAUUGAGUUAUCGGAAAUACUCAGCUUUGGGGCAAUUGAAUGACAUUCACAACACGACAGCAAUUACACCAGUGUCCUUAACGUUUAAAUGAAGACUCGUCUAGAGCUACAGCCACUUAAGCCGAUACGCUAAGUAAUCCUCUAUGAUUGAGCAACGAACGCCUUGCCCUUUUCAAUGUUCUUCUUGAGGUCCGGCAAGCAGGCGGCCAAGAGCUUCUCCUCAGAGGGAGACAAGGGGCCGAGAGGGUGGACCUUCUCAACACCGUUAGGCUAUAUACAGAUGUCAUGUCAAUAUCAA